AUGGCACCUCUUUUCAGGGUUUGGGAAGUCGAAUGGUCCCACCAAAAACGUUACUCAGGAUGUCUCGCUUUUAUCCAAGCAACAGUGGGAGAAUUGGACGCCCGCGGAAUCAUGAGUUUGAGAAGCGGGGUUGACUGCUGGAAGACCUUGACACAGGGUCUAGUUUCUCUUUACAAUGCUGGAGUUGACAUCCAAUGGGGUGAUUAUCACAAAGAGUACGAGCCUGGCCUUAGGCUGUUACAACUGCCAACCUAUGCUUUCGACCUGAAGAAAUACUGGUUGCCCUUCAAUAUGCCACAGAGGCCUGACGUGAUGACCUUGGCUGGUGAUUCCCACUCCGCCACAUCUUUACAACAGGUCGAAUCGGACAUUACUGGGGAGAAUGGAAGACAUAUAAAUUUUCUCUCGGGUUCAAAAGCAAAUUAUCCAGCCUAUGCCGUCCAAGGGCAAGGAUCCUUCGAUGGUGUAGCCCAAUGCCCAAUCUCCGUCUGGUGUGACAUGGCCUUUAAUGCUGCCAAUCAUGUCGAAUUUGGGAAACAUGAGAAAAUGCUAGGUAUUGAAAUUAGCGGCAUGAAAGUCACUUCUCCUUUGACAAUUGGCCCUGAAAAUACCGUCAACACUAUCAUCAGGACAUCAUGUCACUUCCCUGCUGGAUCAGAAUCGUUGUGUAUCUCAAUUGAAUCUGAGAAAGACGGGGAGAAAUCAAGACAUGCAGACUGCACUGUUCAAUUGAACAAUAUCCACAGGUGUAUGAGCGAAUGGGGUAGAGUCGGCUUCCUACUCAGCUCAAGAAUGAAAUAUUUGCAGAAUCCCACAAACUGCAGUACCAUAUGUCGUCUUCCUGGUUCAAUGCUGUACAAGGGGUUUUCUCCCUUGACAAAUUAUGAUGAGAAGUACCGAAGUAUCCAGGAAUUUUCCUUGGAUCCGGAUUCUAGUGAAGGAUGUGGAACAGUCAAAUUCUCGAGCGAGGCAAGAGGAUCUCCGAGACAGAAUCCAUACUGGAUCGAUGUUUUCGUUCAAUUCGCCAGUCUCAUAUUGCAUUUCAACUCUUCCACACAGAACAACGACAAGGGCGUCCAGUAUGAUUUGGACGGGUGGGAAAGUCUGCGAACUGUGAAGGAUCUUUCUGCAGAGCAAUCCUACUCUAUAUACGGCCGCAUGAAAUCUUCAAUUGAAAGCAACAUCACAACGGGAGAUAUUUACCUGUUUGAAGGAGAUGACAUCGUCGCGUCGUGCUUUGGAAUUUCAUUCCUUGAGAUUACUCAGACUCCCUCCGCCCUUCCAAGCACCCCAAGGAACCAUGAAUCGGAUUAUGACAAUAACUCCUUUUCGGGAAUACAAACUCCUGAUUCAAUCGAAAACUGCAAUUCGCUACAUGAAACUUCGUCAAGAAAAGCAGUCUCGGAGAAUGGGAGCUCUUCGCACCAGCCUUUUAUUGACACAAGUACGAAUCUUGAAGAAAAGGCGCUCGAAAUAAUCUCCCAGGAGAUAUCAACUGACGUGACUGAACUUGAAGAGGACACGACUUUCUCUGAUUUGGGUGUUGAUUCUCUUCUCUCUAUGUCAAUUGUCGAUAAGAUCAGUCGCGAUGCAGGUCUUCGCCUGGCAGCAUCUGCGUUUGUCUCUCACCCGACGGUUCCAAGUUUCCUGGAACACUUACGAAAGGACGUUCUUCCGGGGCUAGAUUGCGAAGGAAGGUCGAAGGCUGAUGGAGGCUUACCGAGGAAUAAUGAGUGA